AUGACAGGUGGGAAGACGCUGAUUGCUCGCAUUCCAAACCCAAACGCUGGACCGCCUUGCCUUACAACGGCGUCAGAGGCUGCAACUAUGGACUUUUUACGAAAUAUUCUUCCGAUUCCUGUCCCCGGGGUCUUUGCCUGGAGCUCUGCCACGGAUUCCACGAACAGCGUGGGCGCCGAAUACAUCAUCAUGGAACAUGCCCCGGGCACAAACCUCGCAGAAGUUUGGGAGAACAUGGAGCUUGAGCAAAAGGUGCGGACAAUGGAGGAUAUAGUUACCAUCCAGCAGAGGCUACUUUCGCUGCGAUUCUCAGAGAAGGACGCAACCCCUCGGUCCAGCCCUGCCGUUGUUCAUGGGGAGAGGAUAUCAGGAGAAGACAGGACCAAGAUCGCAGAGCGAUUCUCUAUCGGUCCAAAUGUUGAUACCGACUUCUGGUGCAACGAGAGAGCGGGAAUGGAUAUCGAUCGUGGACCAUGGGCAUCUGCAAUUGACUACGUUCAAGCCGUCGCGCGUCGGGAAAUAGCCUGGAUCCAAAAGCACGUAAUCCCACGUUCCCCUGACGAUCCGUUCUUCGUCUCCCACAGCCAAAACGAUCCUGCUGAGCACGUCUCCCUCCUUGAACGAUACCUCACCGUUGCGCCGUGCCUCCUCCCACAGGAGAACGACCUCAUAGGCUCAUACCUCUGGCACUCCGACCUCCGUACCCCGAACAUUUUCGUCGACGACACUGGUCACAUUACAAGCAUCAUCGACUGGCAGAGCACAUAUGCAGCCCCUCUCUUCCUAGAAGGCCGACAUCCGUCCUUCCUCGACUACAACGGCGAACUACUGCUGCAGCUCCCCGAGAGCUUCAAGACCCUCGACAACGAAACACAAGCUACGACCAAAGACAAAGUCACAAAGUCGAUCCUGCUAUACCUGUAUGAAAAAUACACCGCGGAAAGGAACCCACUUCUGCACCGCGUCUUCCGAUAUCCGAAUGGGAAGUUACUGACUGAUCCGAUUCGUUUUGCUGGAUGUACUUGGGAGGGCGAUAUCCUGCCGCUGCGGGAGUCACUAAUAAGGGUGCAGAAGAAAUGGGACUCGUUGGGUAUUACGGCACAGUGCCCCAUUCACUUCUCACCGGAGGAGAUUCGAAAACAUCGAGAGCAGGGGGAGGGAUGGAACGAGGUGCAGGAUUUCUGGGAUGCGGUGUCGGGGGUUGUGGCUAGGGACGGCUGGACGUCCCACGAAACCUACCACCAGGGUCGGGAGAUCUAUGCUCAAAUUAUGGCAUCGGAGGAGGGCGAGUCAAGUUCGUGCUGA